AUGUUCGUUUGUACACUUUGUACCGUUGAUGGUGAAGAUAACGUGCGGACGGUCCGGGCCUCGUUGAUCGGAGCGGCCUGCUAAUGCUACAUAGCUAGCACCGUAAAUAUUCAACAAUACAAUCUGUCGCGGUUGUGAUCUAUGCGAAGAUCUUGGUUUUGCUUGUGAAGCUCUUGUUUUUUCUCGACGCCGUGUUAAAAUAAAUGCUGGUGUUUGUGAGCCGCAGCGUGACGUUUUCCUGUCUCGAUGGCGGCUAACUAGCCAGCUAAGGUUAGACGUGGCAAUGUCACAGGCGGCUACACGCGUUUUUACCUUUAGAUCGGAUCCACCGUAUUUAUUAGAAACAAUAACAAUAUAGUUCAGCUACAAGCAUGCAUUAAGUUUAAGUUGUCUUCCGGUUUGCUUCAACAUGUGGCCAGGGGUGUGUAGAGGUAAUUUAGUCUCAUCGUGCAAGUUACUUCCUUUAUUCGUGUUUUCCGCGGCUGCAAAGGACGAUAAGUUUCAUCAUCGAUUGGUCGUUUGGGCUAAUAAUUGUGAGGACAAAAGGUAACUGCACCACAAAACCAUAAAAAGGUGAAUAUAUUCAAGCUGCGUGUUUUGCCUAACCACCAGUCCAUAUUAAGGAUUCAGUUUACGUAAUAGAGGACAAAGAAGCUGCAUAUAUUCAUAUUUAAGGAAGUGGAUAUGGUGAUUUUGUGGUUGUUGUAGUCGCUGCUCAAAAAAUGGCCUCUUCAAUUUAUACAGUUGUGUACUGAGUAAUUAACUGACAUUUUAGAUUUCGAGAAGACACGUUUUUUAUUGAUGUAAAAAUGCCAUUUUGAUGAAAGUAUUGUGGUGCUGCAGAUAUUUGCAGCCUACAGGUUAUAUUCUACAGAUUUAAGGAAAUAAGUCUUAAGUUUCAGUUACAAACCCAUCAUUCUUGUUUAAAUCGUCUUGCAGUUGGCUUCAACAUGUGGCCAGGGGUGUGUAGAGAUAAUUUAAUAUUCAGCAAGGGCUGGAGCAAGUCUCUCAACGUGCAGGUUACUUCCUCUUUUAGUGUUAUCCACUGCUGCAAUGGAGGAUUAUUUUCAUCAUAGAUUAAUGGCUUGGUUUUUUUAUAAAAUAUGUAUGAAAAAUAGCCAAGGCUCCACAAGCCAAUGUUGAAAAUACUGAAGCUGCAUGUUUUGUCUUGUCCAAGUUCGUUUUCAGUUUACAUAAUAGAAGAAGAGGAUGAAGGAAAUAAACUGCAUGUAUUCAUAUUUGAAAAUGCGGAACUGAUGACUUGUUUUUUUGCUAAAUAAUGACCAAAUUCCUUAAAUAUCAAAUUUGUGCUGAUUAAUUUCUUGAUGCCUAACUAGUCUUUAAAUGUCUCGUCAUUAUCAAGCAUGCAAUAUCCAAACUGCAGACACAAUAUUGUUCAGGGUAUAAUGUGUGAGAUAUGCAGCCUCCAUUAUACUCUAUAAAUUAAGGGGAAAUAAACAUUUCUUGACACAGAUCCUCGUAAAAAAAAUACCACCAUUAUCAUUUUUAUGAUCACAAAAUCAUCGGUUUAGGAGUUGUAAUGAUGCAAGAGCUGUACAUUGGUAUCAUAUUUCUGUUGCACUGAAACUUGAACCCACAUACAUAGUUUUUAGGAAGUGCGACAUAGCCUAUGACAAACUUUUUUUCCCCUGACUAUGUCGGGGUGGUUCACUGUGUACAGUUCUGUUGUAAAGAUCAUCGAAAUCCUUUGUUGCAACUCUGUGUUAAAACAUGUUUUCUGUUGUAUAGAUAUGGGUUUGUUGAAUUUGAUGACCCCCGUGAUGCUGAUGAUGCUGUGUAUGACUUGAACGGCAAGGAGUUGUGUGGGGAAAGGGUCAUUGUGGAGCACACCAAGGGACCCCGUCGUGAUGGAGGUUACGGUGGAGGAAGAAAAAUGUCGUCUGACUCAGGGGAAAAUGGAAGCAGGCAACAACAAAAAGGUGGAUAUGGGCGCUGGGGAAGAGACAGAUAUGGUCCACCUAUAAGGACAGAUUAUCGGCUCAUUGUUGAGAAUCUUUCCAGCCGCUGCAGCUGGCAGGACUUGAAGGACUACAUGAGGCAGGCAGGGGAGGUGACUUACGCUGACACCCACAAAGGCCGGAGGAACGAGGGGGUGAUCGAGUUCAGGCUCUACUCCGACAUGAAGAGGGCUCUGGAGAAGCUCGAUGGCACAGAAGUGAACGGCAGGAAGAUCCGGCUCAUCGAGGACCGCCCUGGAGCCAGACGCCGGCGCUCUUAUUCUCGCAGUCGCAGCCAUUCCAGGUCCCGAUCCAGGAGCCGCAGGUCUCGCAAGAGCCGCAGCCGCAGUGAGAGCAGCAGCCGAAGCCGCUCCCACUCCAGAGCGGCGUCCCGCUCCCGCAGCCGAUCUCGUAGCAAGAAGAAUAAGCUCAAGGUCAAGAAGGAGGAAGAAGAGCGCAGCAACGGCGCUCAGAAGAAUAAAGACCGCAGCAGGAGCCGCAGCCCCAAGAGCCGCAGCCCUAAGAGCCGAAGCCCCAAGAGCAAAAAGAUCAAGAAAGACGGGAGGAAGAACAAGAAGGACGAGUCCCGGUCCAGAUCUCGCUCUCAUUCCAGGUCUCGUUCCAGAUCGGGCAUCAAGGAUCGCUCCAGGAAGUCCAGCUCAAAGGGCUGCGAGCAGCCCAAGAGCGACGACGAGGGCGGCGAGCCUGAGAGGGGCUCUCACUCCCGUUCACACUCACCCAUGGAAUCCAGAGCCAGGUCUAAAUCAAAGUCCAAAUCUAAAUCCCGUUCCCCUUCCCCCGCCAAAGCCCGCUCCCGCUCCCGAUCCGCCUCCCGUUCAGAGUCCCGCUCCAAAUCCCGCUCCCAGUCUCGUUCUCGCUCCCGUUCCCGCUCUUAGUUCAGAUUUUGGACUGUUUGUCACAAGCCCUUAUCCCCGCGUCUCCCCCUGCCCUCCGUUUACAUUCCCCGAACCCAGAAAAACAGCAACACUACCCCUGCCUCCUGUCUUUUGAUAAAUAGCUGUAGAAUACCAGGCACUCGUGCUCGAUGUCUUUUAUGCGCACGCAACUCCAUUUCAUUUGACUUUUUUCCUCGACAUAUUUUUUCAUUAGAGCUGUCUCGUACGGGGGUGUUUGUAAAUUAACAGGGUGCAAUCUCAGUUUUAUAAGUUUAAAUGAUGGUAUGUGUCUUAGCCUUUUUUUAAAAAUCAAAAUGUAGAAGCAUACUGUUUGGUCAGGGUGGGAACAUGUUUUAACAUCUCCACCUUUUGUGAAAUCCUUGUAUCGUUUUAUUUCAGAUUAAAAAAAAAUGCCUGUUCUA